GCAGAGAGGGAGGAGAGACCGUGGACGGCAGAAGAGCCGCCAUUAUCGGGAAGCUGGGAAGAAAAAAAUACAUUUACACACUCUCAUACGCGCAUAUGUACACACACUCUCCAAGGCACGUCGUUUUGGAAACGGCUUGUUCGAGGGAGUGAAAAUAUCUCUCGAAACUGUCGGGAGGACUCAAAUUGUCGAGCCGAGUGGUGUGAAAGCAACUUAAACGUGGCUUGCGAGGAAACAGGCAUGUCCAAAGUCUUUUUUGGAGCGCAACAAAGGAAAUAAUAAUUGGUCAAAAAAACAACGUGCUCGGCUCGGAGGAAGACUGGUCGCAGCGACACAAACCUCUGUUUUUUGUUCCUUCUACGCCCCCUCCUUUCAAACAAGAAAAUCCAGUGGACCACAUACCGUCAUCUAGGAUUGUUUUUUCGCCGGUCCUAGCCCAUAUUUCUGCUGUUUAGCAUCGGAGUAGGAGUGGGGAGCUGGAGAAGUGAGAAACAAACUUUACGCGUCUGAAAUGGAAUCAUGAUUGUUUGGAAAUCAACACUGUUUUACGCACCGACGAUCGAAGGGAACUAACUAAGCCAUUGUAAAGAGACAUUUGUGGGGACUGCUCUAUCUGGGCUUUUAUUUUCUCUUUUAUACCCAGUCGGGGUUUGCUACUUUGGACCGGAGAUCAGCAAAGAGAGACGGAUCCGCGACCAGAGAAAGGGAGGAAUGCUAUGGUUAGCCACAUGCUAGCAGACUGCUGACGGUGCAUAGAGAGAGAGAGACAGCAGGUGAAAGCAGCACACCUUCCUCCUCCACCACCACCAGGCGACAGGCCAACACCUAAACACUGCUGACGUGACGUAUCAGGUGCUGAACGACUAUUUCCACAACGUGUGUGAGCUGGACCUGGUCUUCAACUUCUACAAGGGUCAGCCCCAGAGUGGAUGAACUGAAGCUCCUCCUCCUCUCCUCUGCCACACCUCAUUCUCUUUGGCUCUACUCUGGAGAAGAUGAAUCGGAACAGAAUGACAUCAUCGAGUUCUGUCUAAGCCCCACCCUCCCUCCCACGGGACACCUGCCCCCUUACCCCACCCCCUCCUCCCUCUCCACCACUCCUCUCUCCUUAACCACCACCACCACCACCACCCCCCCCUUUACUCCCCUCCUGUAGUUGGACUUCAUGUCUAUAGGCACGCAGCUUGCAAGCCAAGCCUGACUGCCAAACUGAAGACGAAAACCACGUACUGAAACACUUUCAAACUUUUUUGCAUUUUUUGAAAAAGCACUUGUAUGGAACAGUGGUCCAGCACGACCAACACCACCAGUAGAACCACAACAGAGUCCAAAUUAAGUCCCGCACUUUUCUAACACCUGGCAGUGGCAGCCGCAGCAGAGUCCAAAGUACGUACGUCAGUCCAGUCCCGUCCCGGCAGCUUCCCUCUCUCGACGGGGGAUGGCAGGAUGAGUGUUGGCGUCCCGUAUAGGACAGGAUAGGACAGGCUAGGACAGGAUAGGAUGAUGAUGGCGAAGAAACAGGAUGCCAAGGCCGGCCCCAUCUACAACCUGGCGGUGGUUGGCCUCUCCGGUACGGAGAAGGAGAAGGGCCAGUGCGGCGUGGGCAAGUCCUGCCUCUGCAACCGCUUCGUGCGGCCCAGCGCCGACGACUUCCACCUGGACCACACCUCCGUGCUGAGCACCAGCGACUUCGGCGGCCGCGUCGUCAACAACGACCACUUCCUGUUCUGGGGCGAGACGAGCCGCACGAGCAGCACGCACGAGGACGGGACGGAGUGUCGGAGCCACGUGGUGGAGCAGACGGAGUUCAUCGACGACCAGACGUUCCAGCCGCACCGCAGCACCGCGCUGCAGCCCUACAUCAAGCGCGCGGCGUCCACGAAGCUGGCCUCCGCAGAGAAGCUGAUGUACUUCUGCACAGACCAGCUGGGACUCGAGCAGGACUUUGAGCAGAAGCAGAUGCCGGACGGCAAGCUGACGGUGGACGGCUUCCUGUUGUGCGUGGACGUGAGCCGCGGCAUGAACCGCAACUUCGACGACCAGAUGAAGUUUGUGACCAACCUGCACAACCAGCUGGCCAAGACCAAGAAGCCCGUCGUCAUGGCGCUCACCAAGUGCGACGAGGGCGUGGAGCGCUACAUCAAGGACUCGCACACCUUCGCACUCGCCAAAAAGAACCUGCAGGUGGUGGAGACGUCGGCGCGCUCCAACGUGAACGUUGACCUGGCCUUCCUGACGCUGGUGCAGCUGAUCGACAAGAGCCGGGGUAAGCCGAAGAUCAUCCCGUACUUCGAGGCCCUGAAGCAGCAGAGCCAACAGAUCGCCUCCGCUAAGGACCGCUACGAGUGGCUAGUUAGCCGCAUCGUCAAGAGCCACAACGAGAACUGGCCCAACAUCAACCGCCGCAUGCAGAGCUUCAGUGAAUACAAGGAGUACGUUUUCCUGGAAGGCACCAGCAAGGCCAAGAAGCUGUUCCAGCAGCACGUGCACCGUCUGAAGCAGGAGCACAUCGAGAAGAGGAGACGCAUCUACCUGAACACGCUGCCACAGGCCCUCAGGACCCUGGUGCCGCACCUGGACGAGAUCGACCACCUCAGCUGGUCCGGAGUCCAGAAGGUGCUGGAGACCAAGCGUGAGUUCAUCACCUGGUUCGUGGUGCUGGACGACACGCCGUGGGAGACGACGCCGCACAUCGACAACAUGGACGACGACCGCAUCCCGCAGGACCUCCUGGAGACGCCGGCCGCCGAGGCAGUCUACGAGAUCCACCUGGGACAGCUGAGGGACGACCGCAAGCGCGCUGAGAUGAGAUGGGAGUUCAAGGAGAAGCUGGCCGCCUCCCUCUUCGUCACGCCGGGAAAGCCGUGGGAGGAGGCGCGUAGCUUCAUCAUGAAUGAGGAGUUCUACCAGUGGCUAGAGGAGAACGAGUACCUGGACAUCUACAACAAGCACCAGAAGGAGAUCAUCGACCGCGCCAAGGAGGAGUUCCAGGAACUGCUUCUAGAAUACUCUGAGCUGUUCUACGAACUCGAGCUGGACGCCAAGCCCAGCAAGGAGAAGAUGGGCACCAUACAGGAGGUGCUGGGUGACGAGCCGCGGUUCAAGGCUCUUCAGAAACUGCAAGCGGAGCGGGACGCGCUGGUCCUCAAGCACAUCCACUUCGUCUACCACCCCACCAAGGACACCUGCCCCAACAACCCACACUGUGUGGACGGCAGGAUCGAACAGGUGCUGGCCUCGCGGUUCCCCACGCGCUACGCCUUCUCCGAGGGCCAGCAGAAGUCGCAGUACGGCGAGGGGAAGGUGGAACGCAUAAACCUGGUGGUGCUGGGCCGGGAUGGGCUGGCCCGCGAGAUGGCCAACGAGAUCCGCGCCCUCUGCUCCAACGACGACCGCUACCAGCUGGACGGGCGGACCUACGAGCUGGCGCUCAGGCCUAUCGAGGGCAACGUGCGGCUGCCCGUCAACUCCUUCCACACGCCCACCUUCACGCCACACGGCUGCCUGUGCCUCUACAACACAACGGAGUCGCUUCAGUACGUGGUGGACAGCAUCGAGAGGCUGCGCGAGUCCACAAUCGGUCGGCGUGAGGCUGCCAGUAGCCUUGGCAUGCUGCCUCUAUCUCUGCUCCUGGUCACUAAGCGUGGCGUGGGCUCGCUGGCCGACCUCGGCGUCGGCGGCGAGACGGCGCACAGCCUGAUCUCCCACGGCCAGCAGGUGGCGUCCAAGCUGCAGUGCAGCUACCUCGAACCCGCAUCCCCCGGAAGCAACGCCAGCAGCGGCAGCAGCAGCAGUACCGGCUACGGACACCGCAGCAACGCGCCCGGCAGCGGCAACAUCAGCGAGAAGACGCUCAACUACAUCCUGCGGGACGUCCUGGAGGCCAAGCGGGCGUCGCAAGGCACCAUGGGUAGCAGCUCGCCGCCCCCCGUGCCCGCCUUCCGUGACCUGCACGGCCGCGAGCAGCCCAGCUCCGACGCCGACCUGCGCAUCAUCAUGUGCCUGAUGUGCGGCGACCAGUACGACGUGGACCAGCUGUUGGCGCCGUUUCUAUUGCCGCAGCACUGCCGGCCCGCCGCCAGCCUCACCACGGGCACCUCGGUGCUGCUGGAGCUGCCCGUGGCCGGCCCCGGCCCGGGCGCGGGCCAGAUGACGCCGCAGCGGCAGAGCAUCGAGCUGUCCAUCCUGUCGUACCACGCCUCGUUCGCGCUGCGCAAGAGCCGGCUGGUGCACGGCUACAUCGCGGUGUACUCGGCGCGGCGGCGCGCGUCCAUGGAGACGCUGUGCGCCUUCCUGUGCGAGGUGCAGGACAUCAUCCCCGUGCAGCUGCUGGCCGUCGGGGACAGCCAAUCGGAGCUGGCCGACCUGGACGCCGCACGCGAGCAGGUGGCCCAGGGGGAGGAGCUGGCCCACGAGCUGGAGGCGCGUUUCAGCACGGUGGUGUGCGGGGCGGGCGGAGUGGUGGGCGGCCUGCACCGGAUAGACCUGUUCCAGCCCUUCCUGAAGGAGGUGGUGGAGAAGAGGACCAUUGUGGAGGCCACGCACAUGUACGACCACGUCGCCGAGGAUUGUCGCGCCACCAGCGAGGGGGGGGUUAGCGGCGGCGUCAGCGGAGGGGGGGGCAGCAGCGUCCACUCGCCCCGCUGCGGAUCCCCCAGCCCCAUCAACACUCUGCUGGACUCAGAGGACGAUGUGGAGCCGUCGCCGCCCUAUCCAGACGCAACGGGCACGCUCAGCUCCCACCUGGGCAUCGGAGGCUACAAGGAUGAGAGCAGCGACUCCUUCUCAGCCACAGUCAUCUCCGAGCUCUUCGAGAGCAAGAUCAACAACAAGGUGCCUCCGCAGGUGCCACGCAAGCCCACGGUGACCUUCGACUUCCGUAACCCGGCGACAGGGGGUCACGGCAACCGGCGCUCCAUGCCCGCGGUGUCGUGGCCUCAGAGCGCCGACAGCGGCUACGACCCCUCGGACUACGCAGAGCCCAUGGACGCCGUCACCAAGCCCCGCCCCACGGAGGAGGAGAACAUCUACUCUGUACCACAUGACAGCACGCAGGGGAAGAUCAUCACCAUACGCAACGCCAACAAGGGCCACGCCAACGGUGGGGGCAACGGCUCGGACAGCGAGGCGGACAGCAGUUCCCUGGAACGCCGGCGGAAGCUCUCGGCCGUCAGCGCUAAGCCACGCCUCUACCGAGAGCGCUCCAAGCGGCUCGGCAAGUUCAGCACCUUCCGCACGAGCUUCUCGAUCGGCAGCGACGACGAGAUGGCGGGGCCGCCCAAGGCCAAGGAGGACGAGGCCGGAGCACACAAGGAUAACUCGCUCAACGAGGAAGGGGAGGACCCCAAGAGGAGGAAUAUACUGCGCAGCUUACGCAGAACUACCAAGCCAAAGAGGCCUAAGCCGCGCACGUCCAUCUCCAAGCCGGAGAGUAACUACUUCGGGAUCCCGCUGGCCCAGGUGGUCACCCCAGAGAGGCCCAUCCCCCUCUUCAUCGACAAGUGCAUACGCUACAUCGAGGCCACAGGGAUGAAUACUGAGGGCCUGUACAGAGUCAGCGGUAACAAAGCUGAGAUGGAGAGCAUGCAGAGGCAGUUUGAUCAGGACCAUAGUCUGGACCUGGUUGAGAAGGACAUGUCCAUCAACACGGUAGCCGGCGCCAUGAAGAGUUUCUUCUCCGAGCUGCCCGACCCGCUGGUGCCUUACGCCCUACAACUGGACCUGGUGGAGGCCUACAAGAUAAAUGAGCGGGAGCAGCGUUUCCACACCAUGAAGGAUGUGCUUCGCCAUUUCCCGCGGGAGAACUACGACGUCUUCAAGUUCGUCGUUAGUCAUCUUCACAAAGUCUCCCAGCAGCACCACGUGAACCUGAUGACCAGUGAGAACCUGUCCAUCUGCUUCUGGCCCACGCUGAUGCGUCCCGACUUCACCACCAUGGACGCGCUGACGGCCACGCGCACCUACCAGACCAUCCUGGAGACCUUCAUCCACCAGUGCGCCUUCUUCUUCUACAACCAGCCCCUGGCCGGCGACAUCCAGCCCCCAUCCUCCACCACCAUGGGGGCCUCAAUCCUGGCUGCAGCCCAGGCCCAGGGCGGGGCCGGCGGUAUGGGGAUGGGGAUGGCCCAGGCUCCCGUGUCCAGCUCCGCCUCUCCUCACGGCUCCGGAUCCGGAUCCGGAUCCGCCUACUCUGUUGUAUCCGGAUCGGCCUAUUCUGUCGGUUCCGGAUCGGCCUACUCUGUCGGGUCUUCCUACUCGUCGUCGUCAGGGAUUGGUGGUUCCGGUUCUACUGCCACUACUUCCACUUCCUCGUUCCCGCCCCUGACUCCGCCUGUGAUCCCGGGGUUCACGCCCCCUCAUCAGAUCUUCGCCAUGCAGCGACAGCAGGAGCUCCAGCAGCAGCAGCAUCCACCCCCCUCGGGUCUCAAACCCGCCACCUCCUCGUCAACGCACAGUCCACCCCCCUCGGUUCUCAAACCCGCCACCUCCUCGUCAACGCUCCAGUCCACCCCCCUCGGGUCUCAAACCCGCCACCUCCUCGUCAACGCUCCAGUUACACUCACCCCCCUAAACCUCACUCCCAUCCGGGUCACGGCACUAGUGUAA